AUGAAAUCUGUAUACAAUGCCACUGAUCUACCAGCUAAAGAAUUAUAUGAAGUCUUCAGCACAAACGGGACAUUAACUAAUCUCGUUCAAGAAGACAACGGUAAAACACCUGCUCAAAGAUUCAGAUCAGAAGAUGGAGUUGCAAAUGCAAGAGGAAGAAUCCUUGGUGGGAGCAGCAUGAUCAAUAUUGGUUUCUGCUCCAGAGCUGAAGACAAAUUCUAUCGAGAAUCAGGCAUUCCAUGGGACAAGGAUCUUGUUCAAAAGGCAUACCAGUGGGUGGAAGAGACUAUUGUGUUCCAAUACAAUUUGUCAAUUUGGCUGUCCAUUUUAAAACAAGCUCUAUUGGAAGCUGCUGUUGGUCCUGACAAUGGAUUUAACUUGAAUCACAUAGUUGGAACCAAAGCUAUCGGUUCAACCUUCUAUGAGAAAGGAAGGAGACAUGGAGCUUUGGAGUUGCUCAACAGAGGAGAGCUCAAAAAUCUGCAAGUUGCAGUUGAGGCCUCAGUAGAGGGAAUCAUCUUCUCUAAUAGCUUACCUUCUAAAGAUCAAGUGAGUUGCACAUUUCUCUAUGGAAAUUUGUCCUCCUUGACUGCCAUAGGAGUCAUAUACAGUGAUUCAAAAGGGAGGACUCAUCAGGCAUUUGUAAGAAACAAAGGAGAGGUGAUAUUGAGUGCAGGGGCAAUUGGGAGCCGUCAACUUCUUCUUCUCAGUGGAGUUGGUUCUGUUCCUGACCUGUCUUCACUUCAAAUCCCAGUUGUGCACCAUAAUCCUUAUGUGGGGAAGUUUAUGGCUGAUAAUCCUUGCAAUAACAUCAACAUUGUAGUCCCAUUUGCAUUAGACCCAUCAGUUGUACAGGCUGUAGGAAUUACCAGUGAAUUCAAUUACGUAGAGACAUUGUCCUAUAAUCUGCCAUUUUCUUUUCCCAUAUAUUUUGGCCUUUUCCCUAACGCAAUAUCUCCAUUAAAUACCAGUUUGGCAACCAUUGCAGUGAAAAUACAAGGACCUCUGUCGAGUGGUUCACUCAGAUUGACUUCGUUUUCUGGAGUGAGAGCCGGUCCAAUUGUCAGAUUCAAUAACUUUAAUAAUCCCAUUGACCUUGCUCGUUGUGUUAAAGGGGUGAGGAAGGAUGGGGAUGUAUUGAAAACCGAAGCCCUGGAACCAUUUAAGACGAGAGAUUUGCAGGGCAGAGAAAGUUUCAUGUUUUUAGGACCAAGUUUGCCAAAGAACCAGCCUAAUGAGUCGGAAUCAACCUUAUGUGCAAGGGGUCUCAACCUCAUUAUAAUUGAAGCAUUUCCACAGUUAAGCUUCUCUUUUGUGUAG